AUGUCGCUGUUAGUCCGAUAUGCGUUUGUUUCAGACAACAUCACUCUGGAACAGAUGACGGGGCAACAGUACCUGUUCGCCUGCAAGAAGUGCGGCAGGGCGUACAAGCGGAAGAGCUCGCUGUACAACCAUUGCAGAUGGGAGUGCGGCAAGGAGCCGCAAUUCAAGUGCGACUAUUGCCCGUACAAGGGCCGGCAAAAGAUCCAUUUCAUUAUGCACGUAAUGGCCAAGCACAAGGAGCACAAGCAGGAGGUGCUCAAUAGCGCUUACAAUAAGAAUUUAAUUUCAGCACCGUAUGUGAACGGCCAUAAAUUGAAAAAGUUACCCGGAAAAGCCACUAAAGAGAGGAAAAACUGCCGCGGCUGUUCGAAAAGAAAAACCCUAGGAAUAAUACCGAAGAGCAAGAUCAAAAAAGUCACAACCUAUUGCGAUACGUGCCCAGGAUGGCCCAAAUUAUCGGUGAUUAAGCUGUACGUGUGCGCCGUAUGCGGCAGGAAAUACAAACAAAAGUGCACGUUGAGACGACACCAAACGUACGAGUGCAACAAAGAGCCGCAAUUCGAAUAUCCGUUGAGUUGUCAGAAUUGCGGGAGAUCGUACAAGCAAAAGGCCAAUUUGAGGAGGCAUUUGAGAGUCGAAUGCGGAGUCGGGCCGAAGAUUAAGUGCCCCUUGUGCAACCUCACCGUUAAAUAUGUCUACGUGCUCAAGAGGCAUCUGAAACGGGACUAUUUAGUCGAACUAACCCCCGCACUUUGUACCCGGAGGAAGAAGUGGCGCAUCCUGAAGACGGCGCUGCUGCAGUCCGAGCAGAACAUCAUCCAAGGCCACCAGGUGGGCAGCGGCUUCGUGUGCGGCACCUGCGGCAGGACCUACAAGCUGAAGAGCUCGCUCAGGAACCACAAGAAGUGGGAGUGCGGCAAGGAGCCGCAGUUCUCCUGCCCGUUCUGCCAGUACAAGGCCAAGCAGAAGAUGCACAUCAACCGGCACAUCGACCGGAUGCACAUCAAGGAGAUAUCCGGCUCGUUCGAUGACAUCGAAAACGGCGACUUGGGCUCCGUCAGGGAGGACUCGUCCUUCGAGGAUAAAGAUAAUAAUAGGAAAUUUAACAACUACACCGAGUGCCUGAAGUGCCACAAAAAGUACAAGUACAAGAAGAACUGCGUGCAGCACAUCCGGUUGCAGUGCUCGAAGGAGCCGAGGUUCGCCUGCGGAAUAUGCAACCAAACGUACAAGUUCAAGAAGGACCUCAUCAGGCACGUGACGGAGGUGCACGUGUGGAACCUGCCUAAGCAGUGA